CCUGCGCAGAGGUCGAGCGGUUGGCCCGCAGCUCACGCGCGCUGGCCGUGCUUCAAGAUUAUGGCGGGCCAGGGGGCGGCUGGGGCGGCGGAGCUGGAAGUUCUGCGGCAGCUCAUCCGAGAGAGCGCCGAUGCCAUCCUCGUGGCGGCCGAGGAUGCGGAGAAGCGGUACGGCGAUCAGCGGGAGGAGUUGGCGAUGCUGCGCAGGAAGCAGGAUGAGAUGCACACCGCUUCGCGGGAACAUCUCUGGCCCACCAAGCAAUGCUCGGGUGUUUCUCCUGCAAGGUUCGGUGGGGGGCUUCUUGUCUGGUUUAUCUGCCAGUCUGGUUGA